AUGCAUCGCAAAAACCCCAUCUCCGUGCUCGUCUACAACCAACUCUUCCCCACGCCCUCGCCCACCGACCCGCCCUCCUUCUCCGCGCACCUCUCCAAGAACCUCGUCGGCGAAGUCCGCAUCGAAACCGCCAACUUCUACGGCUCCCUCGACACCAUCGAAGCGCGGUAUCCCGGCCUGAACUACGCCCACGGCCCGCACCGAAAGCGUCUUGGCCGCUUCCCCCAUCACCGACGCCUCUUCGACGCCUUCGACCGCCUGGGCCUGACAGAGAGCGAAAUCCAGGGGUUCUGCAGAUGGGAAGGCACGCUCUGGGCGCGCGAGCGGUACGAGAGAGACGAGGGCGUGCGCGUCGUUGACACAACGGGCAUGGAGAUUGGCGAGUGGGUAGACAACCGACACAGCCGGCUCGCAAGCCGGAAGGGAAUCAACGUCAAAACGGACAUUGACAUCGCAAUCGAGCGCGUGCCUCCGACUGCUGAGGGCGUGGGCGAGCCGCGACCCAACCACAACGCAGCGGAUACAGAGAUGGUGGACACAGAGAGCUCUGACAGCGAAGACGACGCACAUGACGAGCUCGACGCGAGCGUAGGGUUCGAACUCAAUGCGCGGCUGCUGCAUGCCGCGGCGCUAAGGGACCAAGGUGCCAAUGUCCCUAUGGAUCCGGAGUGGGAGGCGUAUCUGAAAGAGGCGCAGGAGCGCGGCGAGCUGAACAUCGAUGCGACGCGCGAGGCGCUCAGGACCAUGGCGGGCCAGCUCGUGCAGAUGGGGCAGCAGGCUGCUGCUGCUGCUGCUGCUGCUGCUGCAAGCACAGAGGCACAGCAACAGGAGCGGGAGCUGGAGCAGGCGCUGAGACAUCCUGCUGCGCCGGCUUAG